GUUUUUCGACCGGCGACGUGUUUGGACGUGUUCGUGUGCACGAGCGCGAAACUUAAAUCGUAAUUCGGAGUCGGAGUUCGUGGUCGAGUCGUAGUCUUCGCAAGCACCCACGCCGAAGCAGCGUCUCUUCUUGGCUUCUUGGUGCCGCCAAAAAAAAAAACAUAAAUAAAAUUAAGAAAAUAAAAAAGCAAAGAAACGUUUUUAUUUGAAGCAGCCGCGCUACGCGCGCUUUUCGAACCCAACGCAGUCAGUCGUCUAACAUGAGCAGCGUACAGCCAGCGAACGAAUAGAGAGAGAGAGAAGCGGAAACGAAAACGAAAACCCACCGAAAAGGUGGCUUAAUUAAAGAGAUUAAACCUAGAUAGUUUGUAGCAGCAACUCGAGAAUCGAGGAAAUGGGUUUCAUAGCCGAUCGCAAGCCGCGUGUCAACAAGACGUUGAUUUCGCUCAAGUUUGUCGUCUUCUUUGUGAUCAGCGGUCUGACGGCGUUGCAUGUGCUGCAUGCCACCAAGCCGCUGCUGCUCGGCCUGAACUUCUCCGAGUAUCGCACCAUCAGCAUCAUUGCACCUUUUGUGUCCAUUUUGGGUCCAUUGAUUGCCGGUCCCUGGGCUGAUCGUUUGGCUGCACGGAAUCCCAAUACCUUUGGCCGCACUCUGCGUGUGCUGACGGCCGUCUUUCUGCUGAUUGCAGCGCUGAUCUACUCCUUCCUGUUUGCCAUACCCGAGGUCAGCCGCUCGGAUGCCCACCAGCCGCAGGUCAGCUUCGGCUGCGACUCCAGCGGCGCCUUUCUGUUCCAGGAGCGGUGCGGCGCCAAUGCCAGCUGCAGCCAGUGGGACCAGAAGGAGGGCAGCAUCAAUCUGACACGCUGCACCUACAGCUGCCAGAAUCCCAAGCACUACGAGAACAUGUAUCAGGUGUGGCUGGCGGAGGUGCCCACCCUGGCCCCAUCCACGGAGCAGAGUUCAGAGUUCGAGUACGACGAUGAUGCGACCAGUGCCGUCACAGAGAGUCUGCGCUCCAAACGGGAAGUGGUGGACUCUGUGGAUCCCGAUCCCGCGGACAGUGCGGGCAUUGAGUUGGUCAGCGCCGAGGCGGCACGUCGUUCCAUUCGACAGACAAAGACGCCACCCAAGAAGGUCUACGUGCAGCCGCCACAUUUGUGCAUCACGCAGCGCAACUCUCUCGGACAGGAUGUGGUCAAUCGCUGUCAUGCGUACACCGAGGAUACGACGAGUGUUGUCAUGCAGGCUGUCAUGGGUUCGGCAAUCAGUCAGGAGGAGAAGAACGAAGACUACGAGGGCUGGUGUCAGUAUCCAUUGGAGGGCUUCCAGUGCCACAUACCCGAGGAGCAGGUCAACUACAUGAAGGACUUGAAGAACGGCACCAACUGCAAGCCCAUGGUCGAGUGUCUGGUGGUGAAUCCCUACCACGAUGACAGCGUACUCUCCAACAGUGAAUGCGUGAAUACCACUGGCAGUGUUCAGGAUACGCUGGUGGGCUACACCAUCAUUCGCCUGCUGGGUGACAUCUUCCCCAUGGCUGCACUCACUCUGCUCAACACUGCCAUUGUGAUUGCGGUGCGUGAGACGUCCGAGGGACGUGGCGAGGUGUGCCGGCAGUAUGUCUGGGGUGCCAUUGGCUAUGUGCUGCUCUUCUCGCCGCUGGAUUUGUUCUUCUUCCAGCAGGAGCCCAAUCAGGAUGCCGCUCUGGUGGCUUUGAUCAUAUUCAUUGUGUGCUUUGUGCUGGGUGCCAUUGUGCUGCUGUGUGCCUCGCAAAUGCCGCUCAGCCCGCCCGAGUGGUGGUGGCAUACGAAGACCGGCAUGCUGGUGGUGCCAAUGUCUGCCAUUCGUCGCUAUAGUCCCGAGAUUGUGGUGCUCACCCUGGUGUCCAUUCUGUUUGGCACUUUCUGGAGCAGCAUCCACAGUUUCCUGCGCUGGACCUUCUCCGAUGUGGAUGCUGUGUGCUAUGCCGGCCUGAUCCUCGUCCUGGUGCUCUUCUUCAACGUGGACAAGUUCAUCGAGUACUGCGGACACUCGAACAUAUUCAUUGCUGGACUGGCCAUCUAUGUGAUUCGUUUUACGGCUCUCAGCGAUGCCCAGACCCAGUGGUUGACCAUUGUCAUGGAGGCCAUAGAACCGGCUGUCAUUGGCCUGAUUUGGAUCACGAUUAUUCUGUAUAUGCGUCAUGCCAUGCCCAGAAAACUGACGGCCACUGGACAGGCCAUCGCCGUGCUGGCAUUCUUCGGAUUGGGCAAAGGUUUUGGUGCUCUGAUCGGCCUGGCGCGCGAUGAGAAGAAUCCCAAGCUGGAGGCCUGGCAGUGCACCUACCAAUGGCUGGCCAUUGUCGCCUGCAUCGUGGCGCUGAUUUACUUUGUGAUCUACAACCUGAUACUUGCGCCGCGCUGCACCGCCAAGCCGCAGCACUCCGAGGAGCUUAUCUCAGGAUCGGCCUCACAGAAUCUAGGCGCCACCUCACCCGGCAAUGGUGCCAGCAAUGGCAAUGGAGCGGGCAAUGGUGCUGGUGCUGGUGCCGCACUCAAUGGCAAUGGAAAUGGCAGCUAUUCACCACUGCGGGUCUACCACAACGAGAGGGGGAAGAAGGGACAAUUUAGGUACUAAGAGGGAGAUGAAAUAGCUGGAUGGGGUUGCCCAUCCAACUCGAAUCUCGCUGCGAAUUCGAAUGAUAUUCUUAGUUUAUAAAUGUGUACACCACGCCUACUCGUCCUCCUACACGCCCGCCCCAAACCCAGGCCCGCUUGAGGGCAACACUGCUAAUAGUUUGUAAUGCAUAUUUUUGCUAAGUGUAUACACCGUGAGAAAUGAAGAACAAUACAGAAAAUACAUAAACGAAAAACCACACACAAAAAAAUAA